CAGAGGUUCUCUCUGAUGUCAUUCCUCCUUUCCCUUGCGGUUAUAAGGACCGUUGCAUUAUGGCUGCUCAGGUACUGCUCGAAUGAUGGUCCCUUCAGUUGAUGGCCGCCUCGCUAUCCUCGUUGGCGUUCCUUUGUCCUUGGUUGCCGUCACUGCCCUCAGACGGUUCAUCGAGAGCCGGCGGAAUAAACCCUCUCUUCCCCCAGGCCCAGCGCCGCUCCCACUGGUAGGGAACGUCUUAUCAAUUGACACAAACGAGCCUUGGGUGACGUAUACUGAAUGGCGUGCUACUUACGGGGACUUGAUCUUCGUGCGACUCCUAGACCAGGAAACGGUCGUGAUCAAUUCUCAGCAUAUCGCAGAAGCCUUGCUGGACAAGCGUUCUCGCAUUUACUCCGAUAGACCGUACUUAGCUACACUCGAGCCAUAUGGCUGGACGAUCAACUUUGCAUUCAUAGGUUACGGCGAUGAAUGGCGUCUUUGCCGACGACUCUUCCAUCAAACGUUCCGUCCCGAGUCUGCACUCAAGUUUCGUCCAAUGCAACUCAAGCGAGCUCGUGAGAUGGUGGUCAACCUAAUCGACGAACCCCAACAUUAUGAGUCCCACUUCGCAACAUUAUCGUCCUCUGUUGCGAUGUCAGCUGUAUAUGACUACGAUGCCAGUGCUCGCGAUGAUCCUGUGGUCCAGCUCGUGAUCAAAGCGCUAGUUCCGGGCUUGACUGUGUUGACCCCGGAGAGAGCAAUGCUGCUUAACGCUUUCCCAUUCUUACUGAAGUUACCUGACUGGUGCUGGGGAUCCUCGAUCAAGCGUGGUGCUCGAUCUUCAAGGGAUCGCGUGAAUGAAAUGGCCGACGUGCCUUUUCGAUAUGUGCAGAAGCACAUGGCCGACAGCUCGCUCCUCGGCCAGUCCUCAAUGGUAGCAGAAAAUUUGCAACGGAUGGAGACGCAAGAUGAGGCCUCGAAACCAAUGUUCGAGACUGCCUUGAGGAAAGCAGCUACUACUGCUGUUGUCGCCUCGUAUGAGACGACUUCUGCAAGCUUGAUGGUUUUUCUUCUCGCGAUGGUAUUAUAUCCGGAUGUUCAGAGACGUGCACAAGUGGAGAUCGACUCAGUGAUUGGAAGAGAUCGACUGCCUACAUUUGAGGACAGAGCAUCACUACCAUACGUCGAGGCAGUUCUGCGGGAGACUUUCCGAUGGGAGCCUAUUGUACCCCUUGGCGUGCCGCAUGCUACAUCGAGUGACGAUACAUAUAAUGGUUACUUCAUUCCAAAAGGAGCGACCAUUGUGUACAACACAUGGGCCAUUUCACGGGAUGAAAAGCGGUACCCCAACGCAUCCCGUUUCAUGCCAGAGAGGUUCAUCGACGUCAACGGCGCGCUGACCAAUGAUGACCCUGCGGAGUACAUUUUUGGCCUAGGUCGGCGUAUAUGCGCAGGCCGGUCUACUGCCGAUGCCUCUGUAUGGUCUGCCAUUGUGACCAUGCUGGCUACAGUGGAUAUUUCUUCCGCCAAAGAUGACCAGGGUAAAGUGAUCGACUUCACCCCCGAGUUCAUCCCCGGAGUGGUUCGCUUUCCUGCGGUCUUCCCUU